AUGCUUUUUCGCUUCAUGCGAACCAUCUCCUUGAUGGGCUUUGGCCGACUCUCCUGUAAACCGCGCACUUCUGAGUCUCGCGAUAGCUCGCAUCCUCGGGGUCUCCAUAACGUCACCUGCGCCAAGUGUGACAUGGAUGUUGGAGUGCUGAGCACCGAGCGACACUCGAUCAGCCUAUUUAAAUGGCAAGCUACUUGUGAAACCAUGACACAUUCAAGAGCGCCAACCGCCCCAGAGUGCCUCGCAGCCACCCUGCUAGCAUCAUUUUCACGUUCAGGCUCCGCCAAGGCAGUUGUUCUGCCCAUCUUCUACGAGAGUCCUGUGGAAGUCAAGAGUGGUGAUAUUCGACCGCCGCACGCCGAGCAGGUGCUACAUCUAUGGAUGCUAAAUACCAGCAUAUCCUACUCUUCAAGCGAGGAGGCGGAAGGUCCCAAAAACGCCAUCAAACUAUUGUACAGGAUAAUCGACCGCGAUACGGCUGAUAAACUUACAGAACCCGUGACCUCUGAUAUCCAAGAUCUGAGCUUCGCUAGGGAUGCCUUGGAUCAAUCAAUAAGCUAUCUUGACCAAAGUAAUCUACUCUUACCAGAGGAUCAGAGACGGUACAACGGCUUCAAAGUCGGCCUAUUGAUCAAGUAUAGCGAUAAAAAUUAG